AUGAUCAUAGAAAGAGUAAAUUCAGAGUCGAAGAAGUUGGUGUGUUCGUGCAAUGACAAUUCUCAAUGCACAAAAAAGUCAGGUAACCACAAUGAUGUGAAACGAAACAAAAUGGGUCGAUGUUCUGUGGAAUCAGGUGGUAAAUGCUAUGCCGCCAGAGUGAUAGAUAGAGGAUUACUCGGAAAUUUUAUUCGCUUGAAAAUGUUGGAUGGUACAAACAGUUUUAAAGAUUCAUCGCUAUCGGUGGAAACAAAACCUGAUAUUUCGAAAAAUUUUAUCAGAAUUAUAUACGGAUGCAUCGAUUCGUAUGAAAAAGUGGUACUUGCCUGCAGUAGCUAUCUCACAAAACAUGCCAUUCCACAAUCAAUUGAGUGCUGUGAUUCUGGUAAUAUGUGUAACGCUGCUCUGUUUCCGAAGUUUCACCAUUAUAGCGAGGACAUAGAAGCGGUGGAAAGUGCACUGAAACAUAUAAAGAAAAGCGGCUUUUGGAGAGAGGGUAGCUUUGUAAGGGAGAAUACAGGUUUCAAGCCAAAUCUCAAUUUGGGUCCAGAUAUGUUGAUUGCUCGCACAUCUAUCAGAAGUAUGCACAAUAGAAACCUGAUUAAAAGUGAAAUGUCGAAAGAACACUUAACUUUUGACUCUGAGACUGCAUAUAUCUUUAAUACUGUACCAGUGGUGACAUACAGUUUAGUAUUCUUCAUACUGUCAAUUAUUCUCGCACUUGUUGGCUAUAUUUAUAAGCGUCGUAUGCAGAAGGAUGGAUGUUGCCUUUAUGAGUUUAGUAAAUGCAGUUAUGUGACAAAGCGACCAGCUGUGGAAACGAUCUGCACUGCUAACAUUAAGGAAAAACAGCCAUGCAGCGAGAAUUUACAUUUGAUAAAUGCUACUGUAAAUAAACAUAAGCUAAAUGUAUGUCAUUAUGGUCCCAGUUUAUAUGCUAAAUCAUCUAACCAGACUCAUGAUGCUGACUGUAGCGCAACAAAUAAAACAUAUUCCUGUCCAUAUUUAUUUACUCAAAGUGGCUUAAAUACCAUAGCUUCUCAGACAAUCAAUCGACAAAUCACUCUAACCAAGUUUCUUGGUGAUGGGCGGAUUUCAGAUGUUUGGGACGGUAUAUUCAAAGGUGAAGAAGUUAUUGCUAAAGUGUUUCACUCUGGUGCUCGUUUGGCGAAUAACGUCUGGCGCCGGACAAUUUCAUUACAUCGUUCAAUUCUGCUUCGACAUAAAUCAAUUCAUGGGUUAAUGUUUGCUGAUUGGCUUAAUUAUCCCACAGAAAAAUAUCUUUCUACUCUUAAAAAUAACUGUUCAUAUACAACGUCAAUUGUUCCUUCACCAUGUGCUUUGCUUAUCGGUGAAAAAUGCAGUUAUGGUACUUUAAAAGAUCUCUUAUCAAACAAUAUUCCCGAUGUAGUUUCUUGUAAACAUCCAACUGCUUUCGAGAACUGUGAUAUGAUUGGGUAUAUAAAUGAUCACUUUAAUACUGCAUGUAAUUCCGAAGUUACCCGACUACGUAUGCUUAUGGAGAUUGCAAAUAGUCUAGCCCGAGGACUUUGGUUUUUGCACUCAGAAUUUUCUGGUACUCGAGGGAAACCAUCUAUUGCUCAUCGAAAUCUGAAACCAUCAAACAUAUAUAUUCGUUCUGAUUGGUCAUGUUGUAUUGGUGAUAUUGGAUAUGCUGUUCGAUCACCGCCUCCGUGUCCACUUCCUAUUCCUACAGAUCAUUUGUACAGUGUUUAUGAACAGUAUGAGAAUUACCUGAUAAAGCAUACAGAUGUCAGAGGUAAUUCAUGUGGCUUUACUGCAUCCGAAAAGCUCAGUGAUGAUCCUAUACAUAAUAAACGAUCUGCAUACAUUACAUUACAAGAAUAUUUGACGGGUACGGAGUAUAAUGAAUGCUUUCGUGAGAACCGUAGGUCUCUGGAUCAAUACAGUCUUCCAGCUGAAGAUGAAACUUGCAAUUCACUAUUCGAUAAGUUAGAAGUCUUAGACUGGUGGCCUAUAGGUGGACUACAUGCUGGUACACCUCGGUACCUAGCACCAGAGCGGAAUCGCGAUUAGUUCGUAACACUACAGAAAUCUGUGAUUACUGAUUUCAUCAUUUGCUUUUUACAUCGCCGAUCCAAUUUUCACCCUAAUAGGCAACCGAUCGGUGGGCUCAAUCUGAUGCUGGUUGGCAGGAUAUGGUAACACAGAGAUUCACGGAGAAAGAAGAACUUCUGUAUUUGACAUGUGACUUAGGGAUGGCUCCGGUUAUUUGUAAAUUUCUUAACAAACAUUCUAGAAUAACGAAUUUUCCGUUGUAACCGCUGAUGGCAAUUCCCCCCGUCACUUUGAUUCCCAUUUCAACCUCCUUACCGUGAUACGAUUUCACCAUAUGUAUAUAUAUCAAUGCGCAAAAUACUAUGUUGUGUAAAGCACAAAAAUAAUCCAAUGAGCUAUGAUUAAUGCCUCUAUUGAUGUGCACACCCGCUCAAUUUUAGAAGCCUAAAACUCUUGAGAACUGAGGCGUCAAUCUAGACAUCUUAACGGCAGACGAGAAUGUGUGUGUGCGUAAUAUAUUUCAAGAUUAAUACUUAAUAUAAAAGGUAAAUAAAUCUGUUAUACAAUGUCUCAUAUGAAAUUUUCAGCUGUUAUGCAAAUCAAUCAAUCCAUUCUGCUUAGAGUCUUAUCAAAAAUCUGAUAUAUACGCGUUGGCUUUAAUUCUUUGGGAAAUCGUUAGUUGGGCAUUGCCAAAGUCUAUUUGGCCGGGUGUAGAAUCGUCAGAUGCAUCAAGCUCAUUGAACAAAUCUUCAUUCAGAAGGACUCAGUGUUCAGCUGAGGAUGAUUCAAUGAGUUUAAAUCAUUUUCAUUCGUCACACGGAAGUAAAUCAUCAAAUGGUUUUCCGUCUUCAACAGUGUAUUCACCAGUUUACCAAGAUGAAUGGUUUCAGCUAUUAAGCAGACUUGAAUACAGCUGUACAACUGAUGAAUCACAUCGUUUAUUAAACUCGAGGGCUUCAACGGAUGGACAGAUGAAGAAUAAAGAGCCAGAUAUUCACACAAUGAUCCAAUUAGUGUGUGAACAACACUUGAGACCUCGUACACCGACACCCCUUCCAGUCGAAACGAUCAACGGAAUGAUUGGGGUUUGCAGCAGUUCUCAUCCAAAAAUCUUGCCCUUUUGUGAUACUGUGAUGGCAGUACACAUGCAGUUACGUAACACAAACGGCCCCAUCACAUACUUUAGCGCUAAAUAGUUGGCAGCACCAGGCAAGUAGCAAUGAACAGUGACUGAGUGUUUUUUGGCAGUCGUCAGCAUAGCAUAUCUGCAACCUUAUAUAAGCUGAUGUCUACUACAAUCAGAGGCACUAUCACUGGAUGUUCGAGUUCACAACUGAUCUCCUUUAUUACUAAAGUGUGCACGUUGAUUCGUCUCUUGACAGGGAGUCAAAAUGGUGUGUUUAUUUUCGAAGAAAUUACCAGCGGUAAGCGAUGUACUUCUGUCCCAUUUCUUAAUGUAGAUACUCUUAAUAAGUCUUUCAUACGCUCUUCUGUCGAUAUCCUUCCCGAUGUUACAAAUCAUAUUGACA